AUGACAACAAUGUUUAUUGACAGUAUUGCUUCUUGUUCAAUACGAUCUAUUAAAUUAUUUACUUUUGGUUGUACAUUAGCCGUUGUACUUACAAUAUUUCAAUAUGAACAUAAAUUACGAUUAUUUAAUUCUCCUCGAUUUAUGCUGACUUUACCUAUUUUGAGUCUCAUACCGAUAUGUGGUUUUGGUGCAGCAUUAGUCGGUCUUCUUUAUCCUAUGGUUAUUUCUACGAUUCAACAAACAUCUUUUCUUGAACAUAAUAAUAAUAAUAAUAAUAAUAAUAAUAUAAUACGAAAAUCUGAAGUUUGUAAAUCAGUUGUAAUAUUCCUUGGAAUUAAUCAUUUAUGUGUUAAAAUUCCAUUUCGAAGUGAUCUUCAUUUUACAUUAACACUAGUAUUUUUUUGUAUAGCAUUUUGGUGGUGGUUUGAUCGAAGUAUAAUAACUUUUAUUUUUUCAAUUCUUGUAUCAUUAAUAUUAACAACGAUUACAGAAAUUUUAUUACGUGCUGGUGCACUUCAAUAUACAUAUUCGGAUUUUUAUUUAAAAACUUGUGUACCUUGUCUAACAUUUGCUGGUGCUAUUCUUACAAUUCAAAUAACUAAAUUACUAUCACAGCCUGGUCAACCAUCAUCAACAUUAGAUAUUUCAAAUGAACAUGAACAUAUAAAAAAUGAUUGA